ACGCUUAGUGAUGCCAUAGCCGCUGCAAAGGAAGGAGAUGUGAUCCAAGUUCAGGCUGGCACAUACCGAGAGCGCCUCAUCCUGUCUCGAUCUGUCACACUACAGGCUUGGCCUCCGGGCGCUGAUGUGACCAUCAGCUGGGUCACAGACAGGCCAUACGAAUCAGUGGUGCUCAGCACGGGACCAGAAGUCUGCCUGCGAGGGGUCAAAUUGCGGCACAGCUCUCCAUCUGUGGCCAACAACUAUGCAGUCUUCAUGCAAGGCGGAUCGCUCCGGCUAGAGGCACACAUGUCUCCUAUAUGCCCACCCAAGGGUGGCUUGCAGGAGUGUGACAUCAGCAGUGCGACCGGCAGUGGCAUAGGCUCGGAAGGGGGCAGGCUGUCAGUUCGCAAGUGCAGCAUGCAUGACUGCAAGCGGCAUGGCAUUGCAAUGUUUGGAGACCUGGAGGGAUCGGAAGGUGCGAUGGAACUCCUGUUGGUGGAGGAGUGCAGCAUCAGUGGGAAUGAGCUGAAUGGGUUGCUACUGGCAGACAAUGCACAUUUGGUGCUGAGGCAAGCUAGAAUAAGCAGGAACGGAGGGUACGGAGUGUAUGUGAAGGAUGGGAGGGCUGACAUUGAUGGAAACACCUUUGCAAGGAAUGGGCGGGGCCCGUGGUUUGCCAGUGACAGUGCAGAUGUGGACUUGUUUGCUCUUUCCAAAAGUAAUGCGCAAACAGGUUGA